AUGACUGGGAAUGCGGGAUCAUCCACGCAAGAAAACCACUUUCGACAAUGGCUAAGGGUUAUGGCCGAGAAGAUUGUUAUAUUUUGCCGUUACUAUGUUUCACCUGUUGUUCUUCUUCCUUAUCGAACCCUCCAAUUCUUCUACCAAAUCAAAACCCAAGUUCCCAUUGAGCCAAAACACUCUUCUUCCUUCAUCACAGACUCCGAAAUCCAAUCCGAAUUUGCUCACCAUGCUCCUGGUGUUGCCAUGAUGAACAAUGGCAGCUUUGGUUGCUGCCCUGCUUCUGUCAUCUCUGCCUUGCAACAAUGGCAGCUCAAAAUGCUCCGCCAGCCAAGCCAUUUCCUUUUGAAUGAGCUCAAGAACAGGAUACUUGAAUCAAGAACCAUAAUUAAAGACCAUAUCAAUGCAAAAGAUGUGGAUGAAGUCUCCAUUGUAGACAACAUCUCCACUGCUGCUGCCAUAGUCCUGCAGCAAACAGCAUGGGCCUUUGCUGAAGGGAAAUUCAACAAAGGGGAUGCUGUCAUUAUGUUUAGCUGCACUUAUGGUGCGGUGAAGAACUCAAUCGAGGCCUACUUUUCUCGUGCUGGUGGGUCCGUUAUCGAAGUUCCAUUUAACUUUCCAUUGAAUUCCAAUGAAGAAAUCAUAAGUGAAUUUAGGAAAGCAUUGGAGAGAGAAAGGGGUAAUGGUAGGAGAGUGAGAUUGGCUGUGAUUGAUCAUGUUACAUGCGUGCCAACUGUUGUAAUGCCAGUUAAGCAAUUGGUUAAAAUCUGUAGGGACGAAGGUGUUGAACAAGUGUUCAUAGAUGCAGCUCAUGCUGUUGGGAGCGUAGAUGUUGACAUGCAAGAAAUUGGGGCAGAUUUUUAUGCUAGUACUUUGUAUAAGUGGUUCUUCUGCCCACCUGUUGUUUCAUUUCUGUAUUGUAGGAAAUCAGCUACGCAUUCAGAUUUGCAAUUGCAUCACCCUAUUGUGUCUCAUAGGUAUGGUAAGGGGUUGGCUGAAGAAAGUUUUUGGGUUGGGACAAGGGAUUAUAGUCCAUAUCUGGUGCUUCCUUCAGUUAUGGAGUUCGUUAACAGGUUCGAAGGCGGUCUUAAGGGAAUCAUAAAAAUGAAUCAUGAUGCUGUUGUUGAGAUGGGGAAGAUGUUGGCAGAAGCUUGGGGAACCAAUCUAGGUUGUCCUCCUGAUAUGUGCGCUAGCAUGAUCAUGGUAGGGUUACCGGCUUGUUUGGGGAUUUCAAGUGAUGAUGAUGCUACGAAGUUACGGCCGCAUUUAUGUGACAAAUUUGGUGUUGAAGUCAGAAUACAUUAUCAAGCUCCCAAAGAUGGAGAGGUUGGAUCAACGACAGGGUAUGUUCGAAUUUGUCAUCAGAUUUACAACAAAGUUGAUGACUAUUACAAGCUCAGAGAUGCAAUUAAUCAACUAGUUCGUGAUGGAUUCACUUGCGCUCUUGAGAUCAAUGAGGCCUGA